GUUGAUGAGGGUGUGUGCGCGUGUGCGUGUCCUCGAGGACACAGAACACACACAGAGUGCGACACCGAGUCUCACGGGCAUGUCGAGAACUCCGAGCUGAUCCGAGUUUCCGUGGAAUCGUUUCCCGGCUUUAAAAAACAUCUAAAAACAAACAAUUUACUCGCCAAAUAAAUUUAUCUGAUUUUUUCGUUCUGCUUUAAGUUGGAUGGUGAGUGUGGAAGAGUGGGAAGCAGAACCGGCUCGCGACCGAGAAGGAGCAGCGCGUGCAGCCGGACUGCAGGAAUAAGACCAAUAAUAAUAACAACAACAGCAAUGAAGAGGACUUGUGGCACAUUUUUACACUUUUAAACACCGAAAACGAGGCUGCUGUGAGGAUUGAUCUCAUGCACGCGUAAGUAAGGAGAUGUGAGAGAGGUUGAUGAUGAUGAUGAUGAUGAUGAUGGCACUGAAGGAGUUUCCUGGAGUUCUGAUUGCUGCGCUGCUCUGUGCUGUUGUUGGAGUUGGAGGUCAGCGUCCUGCCUUGAGGGUGAAACAGGGCAGUUCUGUGCUGCUGAAUUGCCCCUUCAGCCCUCCGGUGGAGAAGGUUUCCUUCGCGCCGCUGCACAUGGUGGAAUGGGUGCGCCGGGAUUACGACAUUCCCAUCCUCAUGAAGUUCGGAGCACACGCACCACGAGUCCAUCCCAGAUACGAAGGUCGGGUGUCUCUGGCUGAGGGAACGUCUCUGAGGGUGAAGGAUCUCGUCCUGGAGGAUGAAGGCUGGUAUGAGUGUCACAUCCUGCUGCUGGAUAAAUCCUCAGAGGAGACGCAGAACAGCAGCUGGAUGCUCCUCUACGUCACAGCCCCGCCCGUGUUCACCAAAACUCCGCCCUCAAUCACUGAAGCCUUGCUGGGAAGACCAAUGACAUUCAAGUGUGUUGCCCAUGGCAACCCUCCUCCCACCAUCGUGUGGUAUAAAGACGAUGUUGUGAUCAACCAGACCAGCAACGUGAGGGUCCUGAAUGGGAGUCUGACGUUUUCCUCUGUAAUCAGAGAGACAGCAGGACGUUAUCGGUGCCAAGCCUCUAACAGCGAGGGAAAUAAAAUUCACACCAUGCAGCUCAGGGUCAAAGGUCCUCCUGUUAUCCUGAUUCCCCCGACGGACACCAUCCUCAACAUGUCCCACAAUGCCUUGCUGCGCUGCCAGGCCGAGGCGGAUCCUCCGAACAUGACCUACGUGUGGAUGAGAGACGAAGAGAACGUCUACCAUAUAGAAUCUCUGAAGUCUCGUGUGAAGGUGAUGGUAGACGGAACACUGCUCAUAUCCAAAUUAAUCCCCGAGGACUCUGGGAAAUACACGUGUAUGCCUACGAACGGCCUUCUGACUCCGCCUACUGCCUCAGCCACGCUUACAGUGCGACACCCUGCUCAGGUGACCCAGAUGCCCGAGCAGAUCUUUCUGCCCACAGGAAUGAGAGGAGUGAUCUCCUGCCCACUGCUUUCUGACCCCCCGCUGCUCCGGGUAGACUGGACCAAAAAUGGAAAAGCGCUGGACCUCAACGCUUACCCAGGCUGGAUCCUGACCUCAGACGGUUCCAUCAUUAUCACCACGGCUAACGACGAUGCACUGGGCGUGUACACCUGCACUCCGUAUAACAGUUAUGGGACGAUGGGCCAAUCAGAGCCCACCACGGUCAUCCUGCAGGACCCUCCAUCGAUCGCACUCGCUCCUCGUGAGGAGUACCGGGCGGAGGCAGGAAGGACACUGGUCAUUCCCUGCCAGGGACACGGAGAUCCUCCACCUACCAUCACAUGGACCAAGCUCAGUCCCUCUGUCUCUCCUCCUCUGUACUCUGUAUCAGGGAGCGGUUCUCUGCUCCUUCAGUCUCUGAGUAAAGAGCAUUUUGGUGAGUGGGAAUGCAGUGUGACCAACCGAGUGUCCACCAUCACGGCCACCACUACAGUCACAGUGCUCGGUACGAGUCCUCACGUCGUAUCCUCUGUAUCUGUUGAAGUUGGAGCAAACCAGGCCAAUGUGUCCUGGGUGCCUGGAUUUGAUGGAGGAUAUACACAAACGUUCACUGUCUGGUUGAAGUGUGUGUGUGAGGAUGAGGAACAGCAGGAGUGGCGCUCGACUCCUGGUCCGUCCUCCAGCACCAGCGUGUUGGUCAGUGAUCUUCUUCCGUCCACCGAGUACCAGUUCAGGGUGAUGGCUCAAAACAAGCUGGGCAGCGGCCCGUUCAGUGACCUCACCGCUGCACGAACCAUGGAAGCACUUCCUAUAUCGCCCAUGCUGCUGUCCUUCAACCAGAGCUCUGAGGGGGUUUUUCUGCGGUGGGUGGUGCCGUCACCUCAGCAGCUACCUAUCGACAGUUUUGUCCUCCAAUCACGUCUUGAGGAUGGGGAGUGGUCAACGUUGGACGAGGACAUCAACGCCAAUAAGAGUGAAAUGCUUGUUCGGGGAUUACAGAAGAACCGCAACUAUGAGUUAAGACUCCUGUCUCGUCGUGGAGAGCAGCUGAGCAUGCCCGGUCACUCGAUCAACAUCUCCACUCUCGUCACGGAUAACCCGAGUUCACGCCUCCCGGAUACGGAGGCUCAGCCGCUAUGGACCGGAGUCGUGAUUGGGAUGGGGGUCCUGUGCCUGUUACUUCUGAUAGUCUUGAUCACAGUGUGUUUAAUUGGGCGUAAAAGACACCGACAACACAGGAAGAUGAUGCGGGAUCGUCCCCCUGCUCCAUCUAGAAAAGCUGGCUCAGCCCCUGACAGCCCUGACAGUGUACUAAAACAGAAGCUCCUCCCUCUUCGCCCACUCUCCAGCUCCUCGUCCUCCUCAGACCACUCCACCUUGGACAAAUCCAACCGCAACGAUUGUCCUGACCAAAAACAUCACCAGCUCCCAGGUACCCAACCGCCUUGCUAUGAUUCGGUACCCGAGAGCCACCUCCAUCGUUCCUCCACAGUGGACCUCAUUCACCGUGGGCCAGAUGGCCGAUUCAUGCUCGAGCCUUACGAAGAACUUAGCACUUUAGAUCUUGCUCCGUCUAUACGUGAAAUGCCGACGCAAGGCUUUCCACGCUCAUCAUCUGCGCGACCGAGUAAUGGCACACUUCGUAAAACACAAUCUUUGCGCUCUUACAGGAGUGAAAGAAAGCAUCCUCCUUUCGUCCUUUCUGUGGACAUGCCCUCUUGUGGAUUGGACAUUUCUCCUUCUGGUAGAUCGCAAACGUUGCCUAGAUAUGGCUGCUACUCUGUGUCUCUGGGAAAGGAGAUCUCAACUAGAUCAAGUCUGGCUUCCGAAAUCAGUGGUUCGGUUCUCUUCACACCAUCAGACAACUGUUCGACGCUAAAGUGUGGCGCCACUCAUUCUACAGCCAGCACACUUGUUCUGCAAAUGGAGCAUGAAAAAGAACAAGGCAACCUCAGUCGCUGUCUUACGCUGGCCCGAGAGAGAGAGGAGCUGGAGCAAAAAUUGCGAAAGUACACUAUGGAUCGGAAUGCUGAAGUCCAAAGAGGUGGAUCACUCCGAGUGGAUCGCAGGAGGGAAAUUGAGGAUAUUGAGGAAAGAGUCUGGAAAAACACAGGAUUGGGAUCAUUGCAGGUUAUACAGCUGUCCAACAGAGGGCAGUGUCUAUCCAGUAACACCAUUACUCCAAGAGUACGAGCUUCCUCUUGCAUUCCGUGGGAGGCUGGAUAUAUAAUGUCUCCCAGUAAUCUUGUACAAGCACAAAAUUGCCACAAAGGGACCUUUGAGUGCCUGAAGGACUCUCAUUUAAACAAAAUGUCAAAGCAAAGGAGGUCUAAAAGUCUAGAGCGAGGGGAGCACCAAAGAUCAUGUGUAAAAGAUCAGCGGCGAAGGCGAACCUUAACUGAAGGUGCCCCUGUCAAUUUUGAUAAUAAACCUUCAGACCCAACAUGGGAAAGAUCUCAUUAUAGCGUGGAGGGCAGCCUGAGGAAUCCUGGAACCUACAGUCACAGUCAACAACAUAUUUUCCCACGAAUGAGUCACUUGGGACAUACACAACAAGGAGGACAAGCAGAGAAAAGCAGAGGGAAGGUUGGCUGUGCAGCUGAUUAUGUGGAGAUGUGUGUGGAUGAGCCAGAGAUACAGGCUCAGAAUCCUCUAACGAGGUCCAUGCUGCAGUCCAUGGAUUUUCAGAGACCCAGUUUAAAUCAGCUGCAGAUGGAGACAGAAAGACUAUCAGGGUACAAAACCAUUCAGAAAGGCUUCAGAAGAGACCUGGAGAGGAUGAGUAGUGGCUCAAGCAGAACUCUUCCUUCAAAACAUCGACAAAGACCAGCAUUCCAGAAUAGUGUUUGUGGGGCUUCUCAAGAUAUAAAUCACCACAAAAGUGCCCCUAGUUUGGAGGAUAAAUUGUACAGUGAGCAAUUCCUGCCCCCUGAUGCCUGGAUUGACUCGCUAAGCAUGGGGCAAAAUUCCUAUCUGUCUCCUUCGCCAAGUGGAGCAGAGAACCAGACGACACAGAGUCAAGAAGCUGAAGCAUGUGUACCUUCAGAAAUUCAGCUACGAGACACCCAUCAUCAGCAGGCCCCUAAUAGUGGCUCUACCGUUGAUCAAGACAGUCCUCCUUCCCUGCCUUCAGAGGAUUCCAGCUGGCCUCUAAUGCAUUGCUACUCUCCAGAACCCGAGGGAAGUUGCCGGAGCUACGCCAGCCAUAGCAGCGGCAGAGGAAGUCUGGAUCAGCCGAGCAGCAGGCAGUCUUUGUCUUUUAGCCCACCUCUAAAUAGCUCCCUAGAGAUCCCUGAGGAGAGCGAUAGAGAGGAGGCUGGCCAGCGCUCACUGCAGGAACGCUCCAGGAGAGAUUCCGUUGACGAGAACUACGAGUGGGACUCGCACUACGUUUCUGUGAACUCUACUGACCUCAAAACGUCAAUCAGUACAGUCUGCCUGCAGGGGGAGAUCCUGAGCAGGGGAAGACAGAGGAGUGCAGCGAAUGACAGCAGGCUGGCUUUAAAGCAGGAAAAGAGAGGUCUGUAUCGAUCGAUUAGCAUUUUGCCUCCGAGCUGUGAAGAGUCUCUCCUGGAGCAAGAAAUUCAACACGGCUCUAUGUGCUACCCCGACCCUGACCCCACUGCUGAAGCUGUGCGAUUCUGAGUCAUAACUGAUCCACUGCACCGAACAUGGUGGAGCAGAGAGCGAAGAUCUUAUCAUCACACGCCUUCAAGACUCGACGAGAAGCCAACAAAGCAAAACCGAACCAAGAUGAACCAAAAACUUUCUUCUCUCUUUUCCUUUGCUUUCAGUGUUCCGAGUUUCCAUAUCCCUCACCGCAGGAAAAAAUAUUCGCUUUAACACACAUUAGGCGGAAAUAUGCAAAUGAAGACGGUCUGAUAUUUUCCAGGACUAGUCCAGCGCUCAUGACAUCUCCAGUGACAUUUGGAUACGGGAUAAUUUCAGCGUGGAAUUGAGGAGAGCGAGUCUGAUUGGUUGCACCGGCCAGACUCAAAAGGAUGAAGGAAAUGAAUCCCUCGUUUCAUCACUCGUCUGAGAUUACCACCAGCACGAAAGUGACUCAAGAACCUGCUGGAAAUAAGCUGCUGUGAUCUUUCAGCACUGUGAUUCACACUUCCUGUAUCUGCCAAUGAUAAAAAAAAAACUUUAAGCCAAGGAUGGAACAGGUCUAAAUGGAGGAAGGUCUUUAGUCCAGAUGGUUAGAAUGUGUAUUUUUGACUACAAGGUUUGAGGAAGUAAACUUUCUGCAUGGCGGUUAGCCGCGCGUGGACAUCGAUAUCGAUCCCCGCUCGGAGACACGGCAGUGGGAUUAAAGGCCUGGUCAGUUGUGAGGAAAAGUUAUAAAGAGAAGGAUUUCUUUUUUGCACUCCUUGCCUUUGAGAGUAACAUGAGAGGAUGUGAACUGUGAUUGGUGCUCUGAGGGCAUAAUCCAUUAUAGAAUGCGGAAAAAGGCUUGAUGGAAGGCAGAGUUCACUUUAAAAAAAAAAAAAAAAAAAAAAAAAACUUUCAUGAAGGAUUACAAUGACACAGCAAAAAAAAAAAAGACAAGACUUAACUGUUUACUGUAUAUAUUUUUAACUCACUACGCCUCAAUUAUCAAAUCAUAUUAUGAUGGAUUUCUUUGUAAACGAUUACACAAGUCAGGAAGUUUACGAAUUUACAUAUAAAAUGUACCAAUGGACUUUUUUGUAAAACUUUUUGUAUUUGACUUGAUACGAAACAUCUAGGCUUUUUAAUUAAAAAAAAAAAGUAAUGGUGCCCUUUUGGCACAGGUCUGUGGUAGCAGAGCUGUGGUGGCUGAGCUGCAUUGUUGUUGAUCUUUCAGCUGCUCCCUACAUGUGAGAGGAGUCGCCACAGCGGACCAACUGGUCCACACAACAACUUGGCACAGGUUUUACGCUGAAUGCCCGUUCUGACGCAACCCUGAUCAUACGCUUCCCAGCCAGUGCCCACACCCCAUCCACUGGAUGCAGCCAGAUAAAAUGGGCUUGGGACAGGCACUACAUCCAGUGGCUGGGGUGUGGGCACUGGCUGAGAAUCGAAGUCGGGCCUUCAGCAUGGUAGGUGAGAAACCUACCACCAGUGCCCUAGUGGCUGAGCUACAUUAUUGGAUUAAAAAAAACCCACACAAGGAUCUCACAACGAGGCUCUCUUUCUCUUCUACCAACCGUUUAGUCGUCAUCUCUUCUCUUCCUGUGGGCUUUACCUUAUAUGGAGAUUUGAAGGCAUGUUCCUUGGAAACGCUCUGUAAUUUACAGACUAUUACAGAGUAUGAAGAAAAUGUUCGGUUUUUAGUUCCAAUAUUUUAACUAGAGGGAAAAAAGAGAGAGAUUGAUAAAUGAGGCCUGGUGUGUGAUGAACCUUGUAAGAAGAGCAAUUUAAAAAAGAAAAAGUUAGUGGAAGCACAGAGUUUGGCAGAGAUAAUUCUUUUAUAAAGACACGGGAUGUGGAACAGCGCAUUAAAUGUCAGCUUAGUUUCCAAGGAAACACACACACACACACACACACACACACACACACAUUGCUUUAAAGUCUGUGGACACGGUCUCAGCGUAUAGAUUCGCCCCGACAGCAAAGCACGAAAUGUCUCUUGUUCUAUCCUCAAUAUCUUGAUUUGAGACAGUCCUUAAAGCAGCCACAAUAUAGUUUUUAAGAAAUAUUGUUUUUAAUGCUUAGAAAAGACGCCGGGAAAGAAACAGAGCUGGACAUCAUAAAUCAUACACAAGGUAGAAAAUUUCAAUUAGAGAACAUAUCACUGCGUCUGUCUGUACCGGAGCUCCGGAAGCUGGAGAAAAAACCCAAACCAGAGCGAUUAUGGGAAACGCUGACGAGUCGGAGCGAGUUGCUGAAACAGACUUUCAGGGUUUUGUAUGAGAGAGGAUUAAGUAUAAUUACACAUUGUAGGAUUUCACACUCGGUAAUCUUAUUUGAAAGCUUCUGUCGCUGUCAGAAACAAAGUAAAAGAGAGACGGUGGAAAAGAAGAAAAAACCCUAGCAACCUGACAGUCUCCAUUUUUUUUGUAAGAACUCCAGCUCAUGAUGUUUAGCAGAAUUGAGAAUUAGGA